CCCCCGGCCCCGCAGGCGCGGCCCGGCCCGGCCAUGCCGGCCAAGAGGAAGCCGGUGCUGCCCGCCCUCAACAUCGCCCCCAGCGCCGCCGAGGGGCCCAGCCCCGACGGCUCCGCAGAGGCUAACCUGGUGGACCUGCAGAAGAAGCUGGAGGAGCUGGAGCUGGAUGAGCAGCAGAAGAAGCGCCUGGAAGCUUUCCUGACACAGAAAGCCAAAGUGGGGGAGCUGAAGGACGAUGACUUCGAGAGGAUCUGCGAGCUGGGCGCUGGCAAUGGCGGCGUGGUCACCAAAGUGCAGCACAAACCCUCAGGGCUCGUUAUGGCACGGAAGCUGAUCCAUUUGGAAAUCAAGCCAGCCAUCAGGAACCAGAUCAUCCGGGAGCUGCAGGUGCUGCACGAGUGCAACUCCCCCUACAUCGUGGGCUUCUAUGGAGCCUUCUACAGCGACGGGGAGAUCUCCAUCUGCAUGGAGCACAUGGAUGGUGGCUCUUUGGAUCAAGUGCUGAAAGAAGCCAAAAGAAUUCCUGAGGAAAUCCUGGGCAAAGUCAGUAUAGCGGUUCUGCGGGGCCUGGCCUACCUGCGGGAGAAGCACCAAAUCAUGCACAGAGAUGUGAAACCCUCCAACAUCCUGGUGAAUUCCCGAGGGGAGAUCAAGCUCUGUGACUUUGGGGUCAGCGGGCAGCUCAUUGACUCCAUGGCCAACUCCUUUGUGGGAACUCGGUCCUACAUGUCUCCCGAGCGCCUGCAGGGCACGCACUACUCGGUGCAGUCGGACAUCUGGAGCAUGGGGCUGUCCCUGGUGGAGCUGUCGAUCGGAAGGUACCCAAUCCCCCCGCCAGACUCCAAGGAACUGGAAGCAAUUUUUGGCCGUCCUGUGGUGGACGGGGCGGAGGGAGAGUCCCCCAGCAUCUCGCCGCGGGCCAGGCCCCCAGGACGCCCCGUCAGUGGCCACGGGAUGGACACCAGGCCUGCCAUGGCCAUCUUUGAGCUGCUGGAUUACAUCGUUAACGAGCCACCUCCCAAGCUGCCGAGUGGAGUCUUCACGCAAGAUUUCCAGGAGUUUGUAAAUAAAUGCUUAAUUAAGAACCCAGCAGAACGAGCAGAUCUGAAGAUGCUGAUGAGCCACACGUUCAUCAAGCGCUCCGAGGUGGAGGAGGUGGAUUUCGCGGGCUGGCUGUGCCGGACGCUGCGGCUGAACCAGCCCAGCACUCCCACCCGAGCUGCCAUGUGAGCCCGGCUGGCACUGCUGCCUCGGGCACCGCUUCCUCUGCUCCCUGCAGGGCACAGCUGGCCCUCCUUCCUCCCUCCCAGCGCCAAAGCUCCGGCCCGGGCGGCUCCAUCCACCGGGGGCGGCUCCAUCCUCCAGGGUCGGUCCCCUCGGACCUGGGGGUGUUCCAGGCUCUGCUCCAGCUCUGGAGCUCCUGACACUUGGGAAUUGUGGUGCUGCUUAUGUUGGUUUUUCUUCACUUUUGGGUUUAUUCUUGUUUUGGUUUGGGUUUUUGUUUUGUUGUUUUGGGAAUUAAGAAGGAAGGUGAUGGCGCGUGUGAGGUGGUGCGGGAUGAGGGGCGGCUGGUGCUUCACCCCAUCCCUGGUUUCUCUCUGGGAUGGAGAAUCAGUGGGAUCAGGAAUGGAGAAACCCUGCCUAGGGUGGCCCAGAGCAGUGUCCCUGUCCUGCCUGAGGCCACAGCUGGGCUGGGGGCAGAACAGGGAUUGCUGCUUGGUUUAAAUCUGCUUUAAACGGUUCUGAUGGAGCCUGGCUUGUCCUGAGCUGGAUGUUCAGGGGAGGGGCUGGAUCCAUGGGGCUGGGGAAUGGGGAUGGCUCUCACUUUUCAGUGUCCAGGUGAGGGGAGAGGGUGCAUUUUGGAUUUUCCUUCCCUGGAGAAGGGGAGGCAGAGCCUGGCUAUUCCCAGCAGCUGUGCCCAGGGUUGGGGUCGCUCUCCUGAUCCCGUUGGGGGCACAGGGAACCCUCCAGGCUGCAUUUUCCCCCCUCCAGGCUGCAUUUUCCCCCCUCCAGGCUGCAUUCUCCCGCCUCCAGGCUGCAUUUUCCCCCCUCCAGGCUGCAUUUUCCCCCCUCCAGGCUGCAUUUUCCCCCCUCCAGGCUGCAUUCUCCCCCCUCCAGGCUGCAUUUUCCCCCCUCCAGGCUGCAUUUUCCCCCCUCCAGGCUGCAUUUCCCCCCUCCAGCUGCCUCCAGCCCAUCCCAGGGCUGGCCUCAGCCAUUGUGGCCGUGGCAGAGCUCCAGGAUUCCCUGUCAGAGCCCCCUGACCAGGGAUGAACCCACUCUGAGCCCACGUUGUUGUCCCUGGAUUGUCCCUCCCUCCCAUCGAGGACCCUGCAGCCCCCCAGGCCCCUUCCCACCACGUGGAUUUUGGGGUGAAUUAUUCCUUUCCUCCCCCCAUGUGGGUUUAGCAACCCCUGAGCCCCCCCGUGAGGAUUUGGGAUUUUUUUGUGUUUUCCUUGUAUUUUUUUUUUUUUGGCUGUUUUUCACUCAGUCAGGCUGGCAGCUGCCAUCCCCCUGCCUGCCCUGGGUCCCACCAUGGCAGCCCCCCCAAAAAUUAACUCCCAGGCCUGGGUACCCCCAAACCCCUCAUCCCUUUUCCUUUCCUGUUUUCCAGCACAGGACAGAGGCACUGCCCUGCCUGGUGCCAACCCACGGGGCAGCCACAUCCCCAAAGGGGAGACACCCCAAAUUUUUGGGGGGAACACCCCAGAUUUGAGGGGUCUGUGCUUGCUGGCUCAGCUCAUGCCCAACCAAGCCCCCCUGGAGCCGUGGGCUGCUCGAUGUGAUGGAUUUUGCCUCUUAUUUAAUAUGGGAAGGUUCCUCAAGUUUCAGGCUAUUUUCCAUCAGUUUUGGUGCUGGGUUUUGGAGAGGAAAAGGAGGAAAAGGAGGAGGAGGAUGAUGAGGAGGAGGAGAGCAUGGACGGAGCAGUUUGGUGGUGCAAUUAAUUUUUUGGUUUUUUUUUUUUUUUUUUUAACUCGAUAUUUUCAUCAUGGAUGGGGGGGGGGGGAAAUAAUAAAUAAACGGCACUUUACAUUUCCA